AUGUCUGACGCAGGACGCAAGGAUUUCUCAACCAAGGCCAAGGAGGAGAUCACUCCCGAUUCAAGCAAGUCAACUCAGCAGAAAGUUAAGGAGGCUUUCACCGACAUGGGCGAUCGCAUUGCCCGAGGGGUGCAACCCGAUGACGAUAAGAGCGCCGGCCAAGAAGCCUUUGACAAGACUCAACGGACCUCAGAUAACCAACGAGGCGGUGCUACGGAAUCUAUGUAA